AUGAGCGGAAAGGGUAAAGGCAAAGAUGCAGCACCGCCAGAGCCAGAGAACAUUCCUCAGGAUUUGCAGUAUGCUUCCGUAUUCAGCUUCAAAGGUGGAAAGGGAAAAGGCAAAGAUGCCUUCCAGCAGGAACAAGAAGACAUGCCGGAGGACAUGCAGUCGGUGCCAUUUCCCUACAACUUCAUGAAGGGAAAAGGAAAAGGCAAAGAUGCGUCACCGCCGGAGCCAGAUGACAUGCCCGAGGCCAUGCAGUCUUCUCAAUUUCCCUACAACUUCAUGAGCGGAAAGGGUAAAGGCAAAGAUGCAGCACCGCCAGAGCCAGAGAACAUUCCUCAGGAUUUGCAGUAUGCUUCCGUAUUCAGCUUCAAAGGUGGAAAGGGAAAAGGCAAAGAUGCCUUCCAGCAGGAACAAGAAGACAUGCCGGAGGACAUGCAGUCGGUGCCAUUUCCCUACAACUUCAUGAAGGGAAAAGGAAAAGGCAAAGAUGCGUCACCGCCGGAGCCAGAUGACAUGCCCGAGGCGCCUGUCCGAUAA